CUUCGGUCUGUGACUUACCACCGGAGACUGGUAGAUGUAGGGCUGCCAUAACUAAAUACUUUUACAACUCAACAUCUGGGUACUGUGAAGAAUUUAUUUAUGGAGGAUGCGAGGGCAACGAGAACCGAUUUGACAACAUCACAGCGUGCAAAGAUCAGUGUCCAAUACAGCGCAUCUUUGUGUGA